AUGGUCAAGGGGUUGGAUGGAUUAGUUUGGGCAAUGAUCCUAUGGCCUCCAAGGUCUGAUUCUCACUGGCCUCCAAGGAGUUUUCAAAGAGCAGGAUCGAUUAAGUGUAGCUUCCUAUUGCAAAACCCUGUCUUGAACCCUAAUUCUCGCAUUAGCUUGUUAAAGUCGCUGCCUUUAUUGCUUUUUCUUCAACUCGACCCUAAACUCGAUCGAGCUCGGGGUUCGGGUCGACCGGACCGUUCGGACAGUCGGUCCGGACGUUCGGCCGGCUAUCGAGUGAUGAUCGGCCAUUGGUACGAUCGGGUCGAUCGUGGCCGAGGGAUUUCUCGUUUGGUCGUCGGGUUCGGUCGGAUGGAUGAUAAAGGCUUGAAUCUUCUGGCCGGAUGA